ACUAAUCGAUUUAUUUCUGCUUUAAUUUGUGCGUGUGGUCCGCAGAGCAAAAUGGCAGGGAAGGCCUCGGUCGCGCUGUUCCUGGCCGUCAACCUGGUCGUGUUCGCCAUGGCCAGCGCCUGCGGUGGCGACUGCCCCACGCCGUCGACCCCGUCGACCCCGUCGACUCCUACCCCGACGUCGGCCUCCAAAGGCAAGUGCCCCCGCGACGCGCUGAAGCUGGGCGUGUGCGCCAACGUGCUGGGCCUCAUCAAGGCCAAGGUCGGCGUGCCGCCCGCGGAGCCCUGCUGCCCGCUGUUGGAGGGGCUCGUCGACCUCGAGGCCGCCGUGUGCCUCUGCACCGCCAUCAAGGGCAACAUCCUCGGCAUCAACCUGAACCUGCCCAUCGAUCUCAGCCUCAUCCUCAACUACUGCGGCAAGACCGUGCCCACUGGCUUCAAGUGCCUCUAAGCUACCAGACGCAUAGGCAUAUAUGCAUCCAUCGUGGUUUGGUUUGCUAUGUGUGUGCUAUAAAUGCUGGCUAUCGGAAGCUUUGCAUGCAUUGUGGAGAGGCAAAGGACGUGCGCACACAUGCGUUCGAUUUGCUUCUGUUGUUCCGUUGUCUUAUUUAUUCUCGCAUGUCCCUCUCCGAGCUAUGUGGGUUAUUGUUCAUUUGCAUUUGCAACUGGAUUGUAUGGACAAAAUUUGUUUGCCAUAUUUUGU